CUUUAAUAAAUAAUCUUACAUUAUUUUUGAUAAAUAUUUUAUUUGACAAUUUGUGCUUAAUAUAACAAGUUUUUAUUAUAAGAGCUAAAUAUCACAUCAGACAAACCUGACAAGCACUGACGAGCAAGUAUAAAAUAAGUGAUAAAAAAUAUUGAAUAAUGGGAAAAAAGAAAGGUAAAGGACAGAAGAACAAUGCCCCUUCAACAGAAGCUGCAGGCAGUUCCAAGCCUAGUUCGAGUCAAACGAAUCCUUCCACUAAUGCUUCCCGUGAUAAUAAACCUAGUGCAGGCCAAACACGUACACCUGUAUCUCAAACUACACCUGCAGCACCAACUCAGUCUCUUGCAAGUUCUGUGGCAACAAGCGCUUCCAAAGUUGCAGCGCCGCAAAUUCCUUUUCAUGCUGGAAUAUCAUUGCAACAAAAUAUGACCAUACACCAAGACAUCAUUCACCAUGCACAUAACGAGAUGCCUAUCAGCCAAGGUGUACCUUUUGUGCAACAUAUAUCCGCGCAGCAGAAUUUGCCAGCACAACAUGUGCCUUUAUAUAAUGAUGCAGUACACUAUUUUCCUACCACACCACUAACAAUGCCAACUCAACAGGUGCCAAUGAAUCAAAGUUUCCGUAUGCAACAGAACGUUAAAUUACAACAAAAACUUCAACAAAAAUUCUCAAUCCAACAAAAUUUCCCAAUUCAACAAAAUGUAGCAAUGCAACAAUUACAGCCUACAAUACCAAUGCAGCAGCCUGUACCUGCUCAAAAAUCAGCUUGGGGAAAACCUCAUCAAUUUUCUCAAAGCCAGCAAGCGCAGACAAGUAGCUCUUCUCCUGAGCUACCUUCUUCUAGCUCUAGUGGUCCACAACAAGGGGCCCCAUUUCAAACUCAACUAGUACAAUCUUCAGAAGUUUUAACAGGAGAUCAAGGCCGAAGACCGAGGGGAAGAGGUAGAGGAGCACCUUCACAAAAAAGUGUUUCCCAAGGAAAAGUAGGUGCUGCAGACUCAUCUAAGCCUGCAGAGCAAUCCUCUGCAUAUAAAACUCAACCAGUUCCUCCUACUCAAACAAAAACUAUGCCAUCUCCAGAAACUCCUCAACCUAUGCAGACUACAAGUCAACAAUUUAGACCACCCGCACAGACGUCACCUGUGCAAGAAAAAGGUGAUCAAGGUCAAGUAUCACCUUCAAGUAGCUCAGAAAAAUCUGUUUGCUCUCAAGGGGACGUUGUGUCUAAAACCUGUGGAAUGGAACUUCCUACUAGAAAGAAAAGAUAUGAAGGUGGUGGUCAGUUAGGAAGAAAGAUUCAAGUUCGAACGAAUUUUAUGCCCUUGAAUCUGAAAAAUAUUUGCAAAAUGGCUAUACAUUAUGACAUAACAUUUGAUCCAGAUAAGCCAAAAAGAUUCCUUAAACUGGCAUUUAACAAAUUUUGCACUACUUAUUUUCCUAAUAGGUACCCAGCAUUUGAUGGAGUAAAGAAUGUAUAUGCUUCUUCACCCCUUCCUAAAGUGGGUGUUAAUGUCCUUCAAGGAGAGGUUUCUAUUAUAAACCCUGAUAAUGAACUGGAAAAAAAAUAUAAAGUAACUAUUAAAUUUGCUUCUUAUGUUGACAUGACUUCCCUUUCAAAAUAUAUGGAAAAUGGAUCAUCUAUUGAGACACCGCAGGAAGCCCUGCAAUGUAUUGACAUCAUAUUUAGGCAUGCACUCUCCAAACAAUUUGUUCAGGUGGGAAAGUCCUUCUUUACACCACCCAGUGGUCGAAUUGUUUCUCUUGGUGAUGGAAUGGAUCUAUGGUAUGGGUUAUUUUCUAGCUGUGUUUUAGGAUGGAAACCUUAUUUAAAUGUAGAUGUUGCACAUAAAGGAUUUCCAACUAAACAACUAGUUACAGAGUACAUGAUGAAUGAGAAAAGUAUUGAUUUAACACGCCCAGUGGACCCACGUAUGAUAGAAGAAGUUCGCAAAUUUAUUAAAUCACUUAAGGUCAUAUAUCAAAUUCCUGGCAAGCCUACUACAAAGCGAAGUUUUAGGGUAAAUGAUAUUCGUAAUUUACCAGCUGAACAGGAGAAAUUUGAAGAUGAAAAUAAAAGAGAAAUAACUGUUGUGAGAUAUUACAGAGAAAGCAAAGGAUAUUCAAUUCGUUAUCCUAAAUUACCUUGCCUGUGGGUAGGUAGUCGAGCUAAAAAUGUAUUUGUCCCUCCUGAGCUUUGUACAAUUCAAGAAGGCCAGGUAGUGCUUAAAAAAUUAACUGAAUUACAAACAAGAAAUAUGAUUAAGUGUGCUGCAACUCCAACAGAUAUGCGUGAGAAAAAAAUUAUGGAUGCAUUUAAUAAUAGUAAGAUUGAGAAUCAUCCAGCUGUAAAGGAAUUUAAUUUGUCAAUUGAUAGUAAAUUUGAAAGAGUUGAUGCCAGAGUUUUGGAUCCACCAAUUUUAGAGUAUGCUGCAGGCAAAGUGGUAACUCCUAGAGAGGGUGUCUGGAAAUCGGACCGCGAGAAGUUUUUGAAAGCAGUUAAUAUACAAAAUUGGACAGUUUUAAAUUUAGACUUCAGAACAAGAAAUGAUAGGAUAGAAUAUUUUUGUACUGAGAUGACUAAAUUGGCUCGCCAAGUAGGAAUAUCUAUUAAUCCUCCAAGACCUCCCAUAACUUUAGAUACAAGAAGAUUAGUUCAUGAUUUACCUGAAUAUUUCAAGAAAGCGAAACAAGAUAAAAUAGAAUUAGUAUUUGUCAUUAUUUCACAGGACGAUUCAUAUUGUAAGGUAAAGCAAACUGCUGAGUUGCAAUUUGGUAUCCUGACCCAAUGUGUAAAAGGGAACACUUUAAAUAAAUUGACCCCUUCCACUUGUCAUAACAUUUUACUGAAGGUCAAUGCUAAGUUGAAUGGUACGAACUAUCAAUUAUCGUCAAGAAUACCAAGAAGGCCAUUUAUAUUCAAUCAUCCUGUGAUGAUAGUUGGUGCAGAUGUUACACAUCCUUCACCUGAUCAAACCGAUAUUCCAAGUGUUGUGGGGGUAGCUGCAUCUCAUGAUCCCAAUGCAUUCAAAUACAAUAUGAUUUGGAGAUUACAGCUGCCAAAAAUUGAAAUAAUUGAAGAUUUGCAUAGCAUCAUGAGAGAGCAUUUGCUUAAGUUUUACAAAGAAACCCAUCAAAAACCGCAGCGUAUAUACUUUUUCCGCGAUGGAGUAUCGGAAGGGCAAUUUAAACAGGUAUUGAAUUCUGAGUUUGUUGCUAUAAGAAGAGCAUGUCAAUCUCUUGAAAAUAAUUAUCAGCCUCCAAUAACCAUGCUGGUUGUCCAAAAACGACAUCACACCAGAUUCUUUCCGUUUGAUCAAGAUGCUGUUGGCAGAAAUAAAAAUGUGCCACCUGGAACAGUUGUAGAUCAAUUGAUCACACAUCCAACUGAACGGGACUUUUAUUUGGUGUCCCAUCAAUCCAUACAAGGUGUUGCACGUCCCACAAAAUAUAAAGUGUUAUGGGAUGAUAAUGACAUGACAGAAGAUCAAUUGCAGGAAUUGACUUAUUUUCUGUGUCACAUGUUCAGCCGCUGCACUAGAGCUGUUUCUUAUCCCACCCCUACAUAUUAUGCCCAUCUUGCUGCUUAUAGGGGAAGAAUUUAUAUAGAAGGCAAGCGGAUUCAACUGAAUGACCUACAGCGCGAACAAGAUUGCCGCAGAAUACAGGAUGAUGUACAGAAAAAUAAGCCUAUGUUUUUUGUAUAAAUUACAUUAUUUUUUUGUCAUAAGGAAUAUUAUCUAAUUUUUCUAUAUAAUAUACAUAAGUGCAAAGUA